CUGGCCAGAGGAUUGUUGGGGUCACUGAGGAGAGCAACCACACCUGAAAGCCUGGGGCCCCGCUACAUCGAAUCCUUCUGUGCCCAGGAUUAACAGCAGAGCCUCCUCUUGGCAGUUUUCAGAGAGAAAAAAAUCCAUCUUCCUAGAACAUGGCAGGGAAGAAAGUGCUCAUCGUUUAUGCACACCAAGAACCCAGGUCUUUCAAUGCAUCCUUGAAGAGAGUGGCGGUGCAUGAACUGAGCCAGCAGGGCUGCACCGUCACCGUUUCUGAUCUCUACGCCAUGGACUUUGAGCCGAGGGCCACGAGGAAGGAUAUCACUGGUGCUCUCUCUAAUCCUGAGUUCUUCAGUUAUGGGGUGGAGGCAUAUGAAGCCUGCAAGAAGAGGUCUCUGACCAGCGACAUAAUUGACGAGCAGAAAAAGGUGCAGGAAGCUGAUCUAGUGAUACUUCAGUUCCCGCUGUACUGGUUCAGCGUACCGGCCAUCCUGAAGGGCUGGAUGGACAGGGUGCUGUGCCAGGGCUUCGCCUUCGACAUCCCAGGGUUCUACGACUCCGGCUUCCUGAAGGAUAAAUUGGCCCUGCUUUCGCUCACCACGGGCAGCACGGCCGAGAUGUACACAAAAACCGGAGUCAGCGGAGAUUUUCGAUACUUCCUGUGGCCCCUCCAGCAUGGUACACUGCACUUCUGUGGAUUUAAAGUCCUUGCCCCUCAGAUCAGUUUUGCUCCUGAGAUUGCAUCAGAAGAAGAAAGAAAGGGGAUGGUGGCAUCCUGGGCUGAGAGACUGAAAACCAUCUGGAAUGAAGAGCCCAUCCCCUGCACUCCUGAUUGGUACUUUGGGCAAUAACACUCUGUGCCACGUACCCAUCACAUGAGCAACACACGAGGAGACACAAGCACGUGCAAAGAGAAGAUGAAGCUGUGAGCUGAUGAAAUGACUACAGAGUUACCUGGAUAUAUUCACCAAUGUGCAC